AGAAUACUAUUGAGCCUGUGUGGAAGUGUACAAUUUCGGUGGCUUACACGGCGAGCGGGUAAAGCAGCAUUACUCACACCACCCAACAAGACGUAUCCAGGCAGACUUGACUUCUCGUUUACCUCGCACGGUGAACUCCUCUCACCUCUCCUCACACGCGGCACGUUAAAAGAGGUUUAUUUUGUCAGCGCGGGUCACUUUUAACAAGACGAGACGAGCACGUGACCUCAGGGAGACGCUCAGAUCGUCUGUGUAACAUCCGUCUGGAAGUCUAGAACCACGUCUGAACACGUGGUGACGAGUGAUAUGGGUUCAACAUGUGAGCGUCGACUCGGAUUCUUCUCGGAUGUCUGCGGAUGUGCGAAAUAUCUGGACGUCUAGCCAGAGACAUCAAAGACGGGUUCAGAAUCUGGUAUUGAAUAUUGAGUCCAUAUUUUUUGUCUUCCAAUCUUGGAACAAUGGGCGUCCUGAUGACAGGUUGAUGACCAAAGCUGGUAGUGAAUGACGACAGGAUGGGACUCAUUUUUAUUGUAUCGUCUGUAUUUUCUUGUACAUUUUUAUUGUUAAAAUAUGAAUCCUGCAGUGUGUUGCAUCCGUUUACACUUCAUACUCAUCACUGUACAUAUAAACAUCAAAUAAAUACAUAACUUGUGUUGUAAAAUUUCUCAUUUUCAACAAUAUCUGAUAUUUUUGACAGGAAGUUGGGCCAUCUUCAACCUCUUUGUGGCUCACCCUGACUCUACCUUAAGCCCAAAAACACGAUCCCAUCUUAACUCUGACUGAGUGUUUGUUUACAGUGACAAAAAACAACGUCUCCAGCAAGGGAAGACAUCACGAGUCACAAACAUGGCCGGACCAGAUGUGACAAAAAAUAUCCUUUCCUUGUCAACUCAUCCUCAGUCAUGUCUGCGGCGAGCAAAACUGGUAUUUUUAAGCCAAAAAAAUGAUGUUUUCUGAAUGUUAACCAAGUUGUUUUUGUGCCUAAACCUCGAGUCAGGACAUCUGCAGCUGUUUGCUGUGACGAAAAACAAAUAUUUUAAGUGGUUUUGUGCCUAAAGGGUGAAAAUUGAAUCAAAAAAACAAACAAACAAACAAAAAAAAAACGCAGUUGCCAGCAUUUAUUUUGGUGAUUCAGUUGGUUGGUUUGAACUUUUCCGGGAUUAUACUGCCUCUGUGGCAUUAAAAAUAUAUUACAAACACUUAAAAUCUUUAUUAUAGACAUUACAAACAGCAUAUUUAUUAAUACAGCCUCUGCAGGAACACUGCAGCAGCACUAUGGUGAUAUUAGGCGUGAUGAGUUUAAUGUAAACUCAUGAUUAAAGCAUACUGUGGGUGUUUCUGUGGGGAUCUAUCUUUCCUAUAGUCUAAUGCCUCAUCCUCUACCCCUGUAAUUAUAAUUAAAUAUUUAUACAGUGGAACAACACGGCAGCCUAUUAAUACUGUUUCCAGCUCCUGUGUGAGAGCACAUGAUGUUUACACCACGGCUUCUCCUCUCAGACUAGCCUUUUAGACCUUCUUCCAAAUCUAAUAUACCCAUCCAUAAAUAGCUCACCUAUCGAGCCCAUAUUUGGAGUGAGCGACGUGGCGCCGGGGCCAAUGGCGCUCCUCCAAUCUGCCUAACCCCGCCCCCCUCCGCCGCUCAAACAGCUCCCCGACCGCCCAUCCGCCUUAAAACGACGAGCCGGGGCUCUGAUUGACAAACCCAAACGACGCCCCUUCGUUUAGUAGGCCCCUCCCCUCCUCUGGCUCCCCUAUCAGUGUCUAGUUUGGCAACACGGAUACGCAUGGAGCCUCCAUCACCUCCAGUCUCUUCCUUUACGCACCGCGUCCGAUAAUGCGCGCAGGCACAGGGACUCUACUCGCCGCAUUCCCAGCAGCCGCCGCACUUCGCAGUUAACCUCCUUCUUCGGGACUAAUAUGACAGGAGUGGAUGUAGAGGUGUGACACAGCCAAGGCAGGAGGCACAAAAUCUCGCGUGGAUCGUUCUUGUUUUCCCAUCAACCCCGAGCGUCUCAGCAUGGAUGUCUUGGCGAACCACAGUAUCUUUCAGGAACUUCAGCUCGUCCACGACACCGGCUACUUCUCCGCCAUGCCCUCGCUGGAGGAAAACUGGCAGCAGACCUGCCUUGAAUUGGAGCGUUAUCUGCAGACGGAGCCCAAGCGUCUGUCAGAGCUCUUCGAUCAAGACUUGGAUGGCCUCUUAACUCCGGCCUACCUGAAGGAGGACGGCGAGGAAGAGCUAACAGACACCUUGCUCCCCAGCCUGCCCAGCCUCCCCGAGCCCCCGAGCCCACCUCCAGUGAUCCUCUGCCCAACACGGAAGAAUUUCCCCUCCACUGGUGUAAUGAAAAGAGACCUCAAACCUAAGGGCCAGGGGCUGGAAAACGUAGAAGGGAUGGAAGGAGUCCACCAGGCCCAGCUGAGCGCCGUCACCUCCCUGACGCCCCCAUCGUCGCCAGAACUGGGCCGCCACCUCGUCAAACCCAACCAGACUCUGACGGCCUCGGCUGACGGGACGCUCACGCUGAAGCUGGUGGCCAGGAAGGUGGGGCUCAGCGCGGCCCGGCUGGUGGCGGCGCACGCGCUCCCGGUCCGAAUGAAGGACGAAGAGGAGGGGGCUGCUUGUGUGAUCGGGGUCGGGGAGCUACCGGAGAACAAGAAGAGGAUCCAUCGCUGUCAAUUCAACGGGUGCAGGAAGGUGUACACCAAGAGCUCCCAUUUAAAGGCCCAUCAGAGGACACACACAGGUGAGAAGCCGUACAAGUGCUCGUGGGAGGGCUGCGAGUGGCGAUUCGCCCGGAGCGACGAGCUGACGAGGCACUACCGCAAACACACCGGCGCCAAGCCUUUUAAGUGCAACCACUGUGACAGGUGUUUCUCGCGGUCGGAUCACUUGGCGCUACACAUGAAGAGGCACAUCUGAGGAAUCCGAGAGAGGUCAGCGGGAGUGGAAGAGAGGGGAAGGGGAUGGAGGCGGAGUUGGGGAAGAAGGAGAGGGAGAAUCAUCUGCAGCGAAAGUAACACCGUGGAUGUUGAUGAAAACACCGGGUUUAGCCGUUCUGGACUGGACAGAGGCGCCCUGACUACAGACAGAAACACAAGCGAGGCAGACAGACAAUCUGCGCUCAACCAGUUGGUCCGUGAUUCCACAGCGAUGCGUCGUCGCCUCGCAAACGUCCCCCGGUGUUGAUACAACCGUCCCAGCCUUCGUAUGUGUCUCACGCCACGAACGGUGGACCACGCGCCUGUAGUUGGCAGCUCUUUGUUGUAAUCGUCCUCGGUGAAACGCUUCCAAAAUGUCAGCCCUGUUCAUGCAGCAGUGCUCCAUGUACCAGCGAGCUCACCAAAACUGGACCAGUUGUACAGUCACUUGUAAGCAACAGCGAGGACCGCUGUUUGUAUAUUCGAGAUUCCCUCUUGUACCUCGAGCUGAGGAGAACAGUUCCGGCAGUAGCUAAACAAGCGUCAUGUCACAGGGUAAGCAAGCAAGAAAGCUGGCUUUCUCUCCCUCCCCCUUUUACAACUCGCCAAAGGACGGGUAGUAAUUUGACAAUUCUUCAUGUGACCCCUGUCACAUCUGCCAACUGGAUCCAUUUAUAAAUCCUUCUGGUUCGGAGCACUUGUUUGAACGGAGCUAAAGAUUGGAUUUCCAGAACACUUGAAGAUGUGCGGCGAGGGCUGAUUGAGGUCAUCCAGAGGACUGGCUUGCAUCAUGAACAUCAUCCACUGGACGAGGCUAACGAAUCUUCUCUGGGAAAGACUGAUCAUCUCCUAGAACGUCAGCUGAAACCGAGCCUCUCAUGCGACGCUCGAUUGGCUCCCACGAGUGCUCCCCCUCUUUCCGGGAUCUUGGCUCUUGCAAGUUGCCGUCAGGAACUGUUGCACAAUUGACUCUUUGCAAACUUUUUGUAAAAAAAAACCCCAAACUAAUAAAAAAACAACAAAAAAACACCCCACCGUCUUGAACUGGGAGACCAAAAGCUGGCUUGCGGAUGGACAGCCACAUGCACAAGUCGAAGCAGCUAGCUGACUGCGAUAUAGCACACGAACAAGAUCACUCUGUAUCAUAAAGGCUAUAUUGUUUCUAAGAAAAGAUUCUCCUAUUUGUUCAAAACAGACGAUUGAAAAAAAAAAGACCAUUUUGAAGAACACAUUGGAAAUGGAUGCAGCCAAAAAAACACAAAACAAAAAACACAAGUGUCUACUGCAGAUGCCUGAAAUGAUCUCUUUGGCCUUUGAGAGUGAUUGGCACCUAACGAGCCACUGGGUUGACGAAGGGUUCGUCCCGUUCACACCGCCCACGCAGAUCUCUUCCAAUUUAGCAGCUCUCAGAGAAAAGCGGCAUUCAACAGCUCUCCUAAUCGGGCCCUAUGCAUAUCCAAGAACAUUUCCUGCGGACUUCCUCCACCACACCGGUGUGUCUGAAUGCAGAUUUCUGCCCUGCGGGACACGGAAGGACUUGUAGGGAAGGACACGUGACACAAAUUCAAUCAAUUGGGUGGCUCUGAUCGGAGCAAAUCAAUGUGAAUGUAUCUGUUGUAAGUCUGUACAUGUUGCUGGGCCCAUGAAACACUUGAGUGUGGUUGGUACGAUCAUACCAGACACCGUUUGUGUUCAUACAGUAGUUUCUCUUUUUCCACACUUAGAAAUGAAUGGUUGGACUUGGAAUAACUAGGUAGUCGCGGCUGGUAGCGUUUUGUCAUUUUAGUAGUCGUACCGGACCGGCGGGGAGGUCAUGAGCGCAGGCUUCCAGUGGGUGGCUGAAAUGGGUUAGAGGAGGAAUAGAUCUGCUCGGUCAGCAAUGAUAACUGCCCCAUCAGCUCAUGAAACUGCAGCGGAGUGAAACCUACACACACACCAGACACAUGGAUACACUCCUGGAAAAAAAAAAAAAACGGGAGUUAACAUUCGUCCUUGGCUGAUCCGCCCUCUCGUCCGACAGAACAAAAACCGCAAAAUCUUGUCGUUGCGCUUAAGCGUCGCGUCUUUAAUCUGCAAACGGGAAAAAUGGAGUUUGGAUCGACAGCUCAGCUCAAGCGCACACAAAUCAAACAGGCAGCUUGGACAAAAGUAGAUUGUCAAGAUUCUCAAGAACUCGACUGGGAACAACUAUGUCAAGGUGUUUAUUCUUUAUUUUACAGGACUUUUAAUACUUUGAGGCAAAGUGAGGCACACAGCAGUCUGCUAUUUUUUUUUUUUUUUUUUGGCAAGGGAGACAGUAAAUUGAUUUCACUCUGUAUACCAGAGGCGCAUUUCAAUUUCGGGUAUGAAUGCGGCCCAGCUCAAUCAUAUCUAGACAUGAUCUGUCUGCGGCUGUGGAAGUAGAAGCCGUAUCGCUUCCUGCUCCGCAUAAAUAUUGAGCUCUUUCUGCCUAAAUGUGCAAACAAGCCAGACUCUCUUUUAUACUGAGCGUCUACGUGUAGAUGACAGGCCCUGGCUUGCGAAAAGACAGGAGGGAGUGACUACCAGAGCUGCAACGAUUAGUCGAUGAAUUAAUUAGUUGACAGAAAGAAAAUGAAUCGCCAGUGUUUUGGAUUUUGGACUGUUUGCUUGGACAAAAGAACCAGUAACACUUUCUUUCACAGGCUGUUAUUGUGUAGUAAUGUGAAGAAUUUGCAAAGAAAUAUCAAAAUCUGAAAUCAGUUAAAUCAACAUGACUUGAAUAUAUUGUAGUGGUAGAAUUACUGUUAAGUACUGGGCGAUUACAAAGUAGAUUAACAGUCUAAAGAAGAGCAACCCUAACUGUAAAAUGUGGUUGGAUGGAAACCAAGCUGCAUAAUACUCGUUGCUACGUUUUUAGCAUUUGUGUCCUUUAUUGCAUCAUAAAGACAGUUUCUUUGCAGAUGAUGCCACGCGUUUAAAUACGUGUGUUCACAUAUUUAAACCAACCACUGCCUGUAAAGUGUUCUUUGGAACAUAUUGGUCAUUUUGACAUAAUAAUAGGAGCUGUAAUUAAUUUCCUGUGGCCUGCUUGGUAACCCAUUUGGAUGACAUAUGUAAAUAUUGCCUAGAUACUAAAUUAAAACAGGAUUGGUACAAUUAAAUGUUACUGUCGCCUGUAAAGUUUAACACUCACUAUUAUAGGAACAUCAAUGUAAUUUCCAUUUGAUGGAGAAUGAACCUUUACAUUAGAGUACAGUGUUACCUUGAAAUGUAAAUUACAGAUACAUUAUGUUUAUUGUGAAUUGACUGCUGUUUAUUCAGUGCAGCAGUAAUGUUGACACACUGACCAAAACAACUUGCCAUUAACAAUUAUUACUAUAAUUUCACAGUAAAUUUCCGGCUAAAAAUUGCAGUAAAUUCACAGUAGUACUCAGUAAUUAUUGUGCAGUAAUGUAUUAUGUUUCUGCUGAACCAGGCACAGCUUUUAAAGCAUUUAAAUGUAAAGUUACAAUAUGAUAUUGUAAUAAUCAUCACAACAACUUACAGAAACAUGACAGCAAUUUACUGUGACACAACAAUACUGUACAACUACAACUCACCAGCCAGUAAAUUACUGUACAUUUACAGUAACUAUUUUUACAGCAACGUAUUGACCAGUAUUUCUCUGUAGAUUUAGAGCAUAAAUACAAAUAUUGUAAUUGAUCAUCUUUAUUGUGAAUUCACAGUAGAUUAGAUACAUUUGAAUACCUUAUCUGCAAAAUGGUAUAUAGACAAAAAUACAAUGCAAAAUACAUACAAUUGUGAAUAAAACUUCAUAUCAACACCUAAAAAUAGGACUUAGAGCAUAUAAUUAAUAUGCUCUAAGUCUCAUGUUAUAUAUAUUUAACAAUUUGAACAUUAACGAGCUACAUGAUGGUAUAUUAGCCAUCAUGUGUUUAUUGCCAGCAGUGCAGUUAGAUGAGGGACACAAAUGCUAAAAACUUUGUAGCCACUAAAAUACAGUGUUCGCUUAAUACCAACCAGUUCUGCAGUAAUUCUACCCAGUACUCUACGGUAAUUUCCAGUAAUCCUACUCCUACAGCCUGUCAUAGUCGUGAUUUAACUGAUUUAACUUUCUGUCAUUUCUUGACAUUAACAUGUAAUAAUCGGCCUGUAAACUCACAUCACAUUGGGCUCUGGGAAACUGAGAAUGUUUUGACACUUUAUAGACUAAUCAGUAGAUUGCAGAUACAUUCGAUAAUGAAAAGAAUCAUUACUUGCAGCCCUGGUAACACAAUAACAAUCCAACUGAUACAAGUUUGAACAGAAAUUCAUCCAUUUUGCAGCAUUUUCAACACAACCACUCCUUUGUUUUUUUGUGUUUGUCGGCUUUAAAAUUCACAGUUUCUAAAAAAAAAACAUUCGUGAUUCAGCUAGUCGAAGAUCUAAAAGAAAAAACCCCAGUUCAGAUGGGAAUGUCAGCGCAGGUUAAGCAGGUGUGGUGUUUUUCCCUGCUUAUGGAUCAGUGUGGAAGAUAAAAAUGAAGAAUAGCAGUUUAACCCACGGGGUUACAAACUGCAUCAUCAAUGGCAGCUCUACUCGUGUGUUUAAGUAUUUCAACGGGGCACUCUCCUGUUUUAACUGAAUGGUUGCGAAUGUGUGGGAAUGUGCAGCUCGAGAGUGUUUAUUUUAUUUUUAUUUUUUUUCAUUUUGUCCUUUUUCUUUUUUUCCGUUCAUGUUCUGCGCCGAUCGGACUGAAACACUUGAACGUGUUGCCGUUCCUUUCACGAUUCGAUCGAGACUUUUGAGGAGCCGAGACGUGGAGCUAAUUCAAAUGACAGGAAAAUUUGGACCCGACAUAAACAAAUGUUUCCUCCCCGCGUGUUUGCCCGGGAGCCUCGAUUUUGAAAAAAAGAAAACAAACAAAAAAAAAAAUGUGAAUGUGUUUUCGCUGGGAAAAAAAAAAAAAAAAAAGGUUUGUUUCAUGUCGUCUCUCUGAGGAUGCGGUUCAGUUCUGUGUCAUCUUAAAUGAAUGAUUGUCAAUUCUG